UGAUCUCCUUUCAAAUGGUUAAUGCAAGAGAAUUGGAACGCGUCCUUGAGUCGUGCGUCUCAUACGUCAUACCCCAAACAGGAAGUGAACAACACCGGGCAGCUAAGCUAACUACACUACAGGUUUCGGGUUCAGACUUUUUGCACUUUUGCCCGCUUCUCCCUCAUGUCUUCUGGACCCCGCUGACCGGUGGGUACCGUGGCCAGUUGUUAUGGAGGAGCGAAAGCUAAAGAGGAAGAGCCCCAGGACCCCCGCAGCCGCAGCCGCUGCGACGGCGACAUCUCCGACGCCAACGACCGAGUGUGGCCGGAAAAACAGCACUUCCGCCGGGGUGAAACAAGGCGGCCACGGCGCAGGGCCUCGUUCCAACCAGAGGAGCAAAAACAGAAGGGUAGUUCGAGACAAAUCAAAGCAUCAGCCGGGUCAGGGUGUCCGCCCAAGCUCGACUCAGAACCAGGCCGCACCCACCAUCCAGCACUCCUUCCUGACUGAUGUCUCUGACGUGCAGGAGAUGGAGAAUGGACUCCUCAGCCUCCUUAAUGACUUCCACUCAGGGAAACUCCAAGCUUUUGGAAACGAGUGCUCUAUUGGGCAGAUGGAGCACGUGCGAGAGAUGCAGGAGAAGCUAGCCCGCUUGCACUUUGACCUGUAUGGUGAGGCAGAUGAGAUGCCAGAAGACCAGAGGAAAACAGCCCGAGACACCAAUAUGGACAAGCUGCUUCUGAAUCUGGAGGAGCUCAGUUCUUCCAUCCAGAAACUGAAUUUGACAGACAGCCAGGAGACGCCGAAGACUGCCAACGUGUGACUGCCUCUCGGCCGUUGCUGCUCCUUGCCGACCAGCAGGCGAAUGGAAAUUCCAAUGCACAUAACACGGAUGAUACACAUCUUAUCUUACUAAACAUCUGGAUGCAAGUAGUUUAGGGAACUAAUCAUUACCAUCAUCUCUGAUCAACUGCAUCACGUCUUGUAGAGGAAGCUCUAAGCAACCAAAGUGAUUAGAAAUACUCCACAACAGAUGCAAAGCACUCUGUUGCACUUUAUAGUGUUAGUCGUUCCGACUUCUAAGCCAAUCAGUGUGUAACUUAACCCAUUUGUCAAAGUGCUUUUUAAACUUGCACCGCCAAAAAAAAAAAAGAUGUGAGUUACCACUUUUCAGCAUGAAUGUAUGACCGUCAUGUCCACAAAACAUGCAUUUAGUUCCUGGUUGACCUCACAACCAUGCCUUGAUUUCCCACGUGGUCAUUUUAGCUGCAUUAUUUUGAACUUAAUCAGUUUUUGCACUUUGGGCUGCGAUGAUCGUCAGUCUCAGCCACUGUUUGGGUGUGGUUAUUUUUUUACAGAUAUAACAUGUAUGCUGAUUUUAUUUUUAUUGAUUUACCAAUAAAAUGUGAAUUAAUUGAUCCCAAA